AUGGAUGUAUUGGAAAAACAAAUGAUAGUCCCCAAAUCGAAAUUUUUUUGGAACCAACAACUAGAACUGCGCAAACAAGAACUAUGGACUAUAACUCUGGUGAACCCUUUCAGAAAAGCAGCGGCACCCAUUCGUCUCCCUCACUUAGAUUUCUGUUACCGCCGCCACACGUCUGAGAGUCAAUGUUUGGAUGUGCUCCGAAAGUACUUUAAGGGGAUUAAACCGAAGGGCAUCCCGAAGGUUAUCUUAUCUGAGGAUCCCACAUUGAAUCCAGACAGUUACAUGGUUGUAGCACUUUACAGAGAUCAAUCUAGGUUGGCUUUCAACAAAGGAGGAAGAAAAUAUUGGACUCAAUUUUGCACACAGUGCCAGUGUAUUAUGGAUGUUAUAUUUCAUAAAAGUCUAGUCUUUGCAGUUUUAGAGCGCGGAAACAUUAUUUCCCUUGAUAUCAAUAGGUGGUCAAUGAAAACAAAGUAUUUUAACCUGGGAGAACUUCCGUUCGAAAGUUCGGCUGAUGAAGCUUAUCUCGUGGAAUCAACCAAGGGAGACUUGUUGCACGUUCGAAGAUUGCCGAAAGAUGAUCAUGGUGAUUGUGGAGAGAGAUUCAUGGUUUACAAGUUGGUGUUCAAUGAGAGGGGUGGAUCCGUGCAGCAAGUUGAAAUGAAAAGUAUUGGAGAUGAGGUUAUGUUCCUGAGUGAAAAUGGUAGUAUCUCGGUUUUGGCUUCAAACUUCCCUCAGUGCCAACCCAAUUCCAUAUAUUACAUGGAUUUUCGUUGGCCGACUGAAAUAAGCAAUUUCAAUUUAGAGGAUGAAACCAUUACACGAUAUCGUUACUCUUCGGACAUCUCACCAGCGCUUUGGAUUGUGGACAUGUUUAAUGGGCUCUGCUAG